AAGCGGCUCCUGGCCUCUCCGCAAUGGCAGCCCCAGCCAGGGCGCAGCAGCGUGCCCCGGGCGGCUGCAGGACGGAGCUCGUACCUGCGUUGGGGGCGAGCACCGUCCCGGCGUGAUCCGGGGCUGCGCCAUCACAAAGGCGUCCCCGGCCGCAGGGCUGUGACCUUCACUGCCGUGUCCCUACAAUACAGACGCCAGCACCCCGCAAGCCUCAGUGUGUCCGUGCCGGACUCUGCGCAAUGAGCGGCAGCAGCUGUCUCCUCGGCCUCGGCAUCCUGCUCCUGGCUGCCGGGGCCGUCCUGCUCAGCACCGGCCGACGCCAACAGGUACGGGGCCGCUUAGGGCCAGGGGGACCCCUCGGGGCUGGCGGUGGCAGGGGCUCCCCCCAGGCAGGUCACCGUGCUCCGUUCCUGUGCCCACAGGGCGACAGCUGGAGCCGACGAUGCUGGAGACGGUGGCAGCGAGCGACAGCACCAGAGAAACGCGGCGAGCGGCGGGCAGACCACGGCUGCACCCACUGCAGCAAGGCUGCCCAGGAGCUGCAGCGACUGAUGCUGUCGGCACGAACCAGGCCCAGGGCGUCGCCGGGGCUGGGCUCCCCGUUCGCGCAGGACCCCGGCGCCUGGCAGGCAGCAUGGCGGGACCUGGAGGAGCUGGCGGAGUGGGGCCGCUUGCCCUGCCACAGCUGCAGCUUCUCUGGCUCCUCUGAGAGCCUCGGCCCCCCCGAGAGUCUGAGCGAUACCCACCCGAUCCCAGAUGGAGGGGCCCCCGUCGAGCUGGGGUCCGCCCGCUCCCUUGGACCCGCGCGUGGCAGCGGAGCCUGCUCGGCCCUGAAGAUGCACGUGGCCAGGAAGGGACUGGAAGUGCAGCUGGGGGCCCUGCCCGUGCCGGUGCAGCUGUCCCAGCAGCGAGCGGCGCAGCGGCAGGGCCGCCGCGUCCUGCCAAAGCUCAUCCGGCCGGGGCAGAGCCAGCCCUUGCGGCGGUGCAAGCUGUGCCCCUCGCUGCAGGGGAAGGCGGACGCCAUCGCGGACAACAUAAGGCAGAAGGAAGUCCGGAGGCUGUGGGGGGACCCCAACCCCACCGAGGAGUCCCUGGCCCUGCUGGUGCCGUGCCCCCCACCGCUGCUCGCUCCUCUGGACCCGCAGCUCCCCCGGGAGCACAGCGUGUGGGGGCCCCGGGCCCCGGGCCAGGCCAGCGCCGCGUGGCACCCCAGGGUAGGACAGCAGGAGCCGCGCAGCCGGCAUGGCUCCGAGGAGUCUGUGCACGCGCCUUUGCCCGCGCGCCCCGUGUCACUGGCUGAGCAGACCUCUCCCCGCGACCUCUCCGUCAGCAGCCGGCACCCGGGCUCUUCCCUCGCUGCCGGUGGUGGCGUCUGCUCCUCCAUCCAACCACCAGCCGUGGGCAACAUCGUGCGUGAGAGCCUCCUUCAGCCGGACGGGCAGCUACCGCAGAGCGAGGAGUUCCUGUGGCCUCUUGGCUUAUCCUUGGCCCUGCCAGCCCUUCCCAAGCUGGGCAGCGAGGCAGCGGGACCAGCAGCAGCAGGACCGGCUGCGGUCCUGCCGGAGGAAGACGCUGGCCUUCAGGCCAGGUUCGCUGCUACCCGAGAGGCUGCGGCGCUGCAGGGAGCAGCUUGGCAGAGAGGGGCCAUCAGAGCGAGCAGUGCCCGGGGAGGAGGGCGGUCGGGCAGUGCUGCGGGACAGCAGCCGGCCCAGCACACCCCAGGCAGCCGCACCGGCACCCAGCACCUCCCGGGGCCCAGGCAGCUCCCCGCCAGUCUCCCUCGAGACGCUGCGCCGGAGCAGGAGGCAGGUCCUGCGGGCGCUGGAUUCUGGCUUUCGGGACAUGGCCCGUAGCCAGAGACAGCGAGACGUGCCGCAGAGCCCCGGUCCCGCGCCACCUCUUCCCCCUCCAUCGCACGUAGGGAAGGGGAUUGGCAAGAGGGCAGAGGGGCCGAGGGUGCCUACCGCGUCAGCCACGAUGGGGAGGCCUUGACGUGGCUCUGAGAGGGACAUGGGUGCAAAGAGGAGAGAAGAGAGGCCAGACCCAUCGCUCCGAUAGUCCAAAUAAAUCCCGUUUCUAGCCCCACGGUGGGAGUUGCUUGCUUUCUGUGAAGCGCCAGCCGACUCGGAACGGGAUGUGCCCGCAGGCUGGAGAGGGGAGCCAGGGAAAGGGUGUCCCGUGGGCAGGGUGGUGCUGGCUGCUGCGGGGGUCCCUGCCGGGGAGACAGGCUGCUGCCCCCCCUCCGUGCCUUGUCAGUGCCAGUGUGCCACGGAGGCCUGUAAGCUCCCUUGAUCAUCUGCUCUCUCAGCCCUUCCUGAUAGGGGAGAUGCUCCAGUCCCUUCCUUUGUGGUCCUUUCUUGGACUCUCCCCAGUAUGUCCGCGUCCGUCUUGACUGCGAUUACGUGGCGGCGUAGAAGUGGUGCCUUUGUUCAAAAUUAGCGAGAGACGGCCCAAGUUGCGCUUUUCAGCCAUUCCUGGUGUAUCUGCGAACAAGCGUUCUCCUCCAGUAUGUCCACGUCCGUCUUCUACUGGGGAGCCCAGCACUGGACACAGUAAACCAGCACUUCCAAGGGGUAGGAAGUGCACCGUGCACCGCAGCCCUGCUG